AUGCAGGGACGAGUGUAUUACAGCAACCCCCAGCAGCAGCAGCUCCGGGCUCUCAGGGAGUCUCAGCGGGGAGAGGCAGGAGCAGCAGCAGCAACAGCAGCAGCAGCAGCAGCAGCAGCAGCAGCAGCAGCAGCAGCAGCAGCAGCAGCAGCAGCAGCAGCAGCAGCAGCAGCAGCAGCAGCAGCAGCAGCAGCAGCAGCAGCAGCAGCAACAGCAGCAGCAGCAGCAGCAGCAGCAGCAGCAGCAGCAGCAGCAGCAGCAGCAGCAGCAGCAGCAGCAGCAGCAGCAGCAGCAGCGGCAAGAGGAGGAAGCGUCCUCCCCCUUCCCUCUCAUGCUUCCCCCGCUCCCCCUGGUGCCCCUUCUCCUCCCCCUGGUGCUCCCCCCGUUCCCCCUCGUGCUUCCCCCGCUCCCCCUGGUACCCCCCCUCCCCCUUCCGCCCCCGGCCCCCUCGGUUUCCCCCUUGAUGCAGCCACGGCUGCUGCAGUGCAGCAUGCAGCGGUUACUGUAGCGGAUCAGGUCCCCAAAGACUCGAUUCUGUGGGCGGCAGUGGCAGAACAGAAGGUGGAAAUUCUGGAGAGAGCACUGGAGGAGACAAAGGAGCGAGCUGUUGCAAUGAUGGAGCGACUGAGGUUGAAUGCCGAGGCUAAGCAUAAGGCGAUGGAGCAAGAGCUAGAGGAAGAGAGGAGGCGAGUGGAGGAGCUGCAGGGGCGGCUCAAAGCAGCUGAGGCCAGGCGGAACAGCAGCAGCAGGGGCAUCGCUACCGUGCCUCCCCCUGUCCCUCCCUUCAAUCCUCCCCAUGCUGCUGCGCCAGCAGCUGCAAAUGCACCUGGCGAUGCUGCGCCUGCAGCUGCAGCAGCUUCUGCAGCAGCUCCUCCUGUAAGUCCGAGCCAGGCCCAGCUGCUGAAGGCCUUCCCCUCCUCUUCCAGCCUCAGUGGGGGCGAUGCCACUGCUGCUGCUGCCACAGGUGCUGCUGGUGGUACUGGUGGUGGUACUGGUGCUGGUACAGGUGGCUUGGGAGGAGGGCUAGGUUUGGGAGCAGCAGGGUUGGGAAGCGGGUUAGGUUUGGGAGCAGCAGGGUUGGGAGGAGGAGGUGGAGGGGGAGGAGUGAGAGCAAUCUCUCUCUCCCCUGCUGUGGGAUUCGGCCUGCACCACCUCUUGUCUCCUCGUCGAGCACCUGAUUCUCCUGCCGGUGCUGCCCGUGCUGCCAGUGCUGCUGCCGGUGCUGCUGCCGGUGGUGCUGCCGGUGCGGCCGGUGCUGCUGGUGCUGCCAGUGGUGCUGCCAGUGGUCCGGGAGCAGGAGGAGGAAGGUUCCAGCCACCAGCUGAGGAGGGGGGGGUGGUGGAGGUAGCAGUAGGGGCGCUAGACCCAUCUCUGCUUGGUCCUUGGGCUUUAAGCAGGUUCUUCACUAACAAUCAGAGUGUUCCUCUGCCCAGUGCAGAGGCAGCGCUUUCAGGGCCGAGGGAAAGCCGGCCAGACAAUUGGCAGGCUGGUGGUCAUGGCAGUCCUCACCUGCAGACGCAGCAGCUGCUUGGCAUCCACAAUUUCCCGGUGGUGCAGGGGCAGCAGCAGGUGGGCAGCAGCAGCAGCAGCUUACCUGAGCAAGGGCAGCAGCUGAGUAGCAGCAGCUUUCGGGUUCCUGGUCAGCAGGUCGCGAGGAUUUUCUUGGAAGGUUCUCAGGCGGAUCAGGUUGCGGCCCAGGUUUCAGCAAGGGACGCUGGUGGGGGCGAGCGAGAGUGGCUGGGAGAAGGGGAGGAGCGGGUGGAGCAGGGUGGGAAGGAGGGGGCUGGUGCGUUGAGAGGGGAUGGGGCGUCAAAGCAGGCUGGAUUUGGUGCUUUUGCUGCUGCUGCUGGUGCAGCUGGCAGUGCUGCUGGUGGUGGUGCAUCUGCUGGUGGUGGGGGGAUUGGGGGUGGCGGGUUAGGUGCUGCUCUUUCCCUCGGCCUAGGGCCACCAGAGGUUAGGAGACCAGGAGAGACAGGAGAGACAGCUGACACUAGACCAGCUGACUCUACUACCCCAGCCUCAGUUGAGCCUUCGGCUGUAGCAGAGGCAGUAGCAGCAGCAGCAGGAGGAGGUGUAGCAGCAGUAGCAGCAGCAGCAGCAGGAGGAGGAGGAGGAGGAGGAGGAGGAGGAGGAGGAGGAGGAGGAGGAGGAGGAGGAGGAGGAGGAGGAGGAGGAGGAGGAGGAGGAGGAGGAGGAGGAGGAGGAGGAGGAGGAGGAGGAGGAGGAGGAGGAGGAGGAGGAGGGGCAGGAGGGAUAGCAGCAGAAGAAGCAGCAGCAGCAGGAGCAGCAGUAGGAAGAGGAGCAGUACGAGCAGCAGCAGCUGAUGUGGCAGGCACUGCAGAGGAUUCAGAGCAUACAGAGACAGCAGAUGAAGGGGGGGAGGGCGAGAAGGAGGAGCAAGGGGAGGAGGCGGUUAGUGGGUGGGUUGCAGGUGCUGACACGGGUACUGUUGGGGUAGCACCUGUUGCAACGGGGGUAGAAGGCAAAAAAGCCCAAGGAGGCGAGGGCAGAGUGAAGAAACCUAAGGAGAAAGUGAGGAAGCCUGAGAAAGGGCAGGUAGGGCAAAAGGGGAAGGCAGGAUUGGGUCCUGGGGCAGGUGCUGCUGCUGCUGCUAGUGCUUCUGGUGCUGCUGGUGCUGCUGGUGCUGCUGGUGCUGCUGGUGCUGCUGGUGCUGCUAGUGCCAAGGCGGGUGCAAAACGGGUGAAAACGGUGGGGAAGGAUGGGGCGAGAGGAACAGGAGAGGGGGAAGAGGUCGAGGGGAUACAAGCCAAAGUGGUGACAAAGAGAAAGGCAGCAGGGACGGAUGAUGGAGGAGUUAAGAGGAAAAAGGCAAAGGUUGCAGCAGGUGUUGUGGGGUUGGAGGUUGGUGGAGGUGCGGAGGGGUUGGAGGGGGUAGAAGGGGUAGAAGGGGGAGUUGGGAGUGGAAGAGAGGGGGUUGAGUCGGGAAAACAGGAGAAAGGAAAGAAGCAGGGGAAGGACAAGAAAGUGAAAGUGACAAGUGGGAACAUAGUGGGCAAGAGAACUUUUCAAGAGGCAGAAGAGGCUUCGGGCAGGCCAAAAAAGAAAGAGCCGAAGGCAAAAAAGGCUGGAGGGGCAGGAGAAGGGGCAGACGCUGCAGAAGCAGUGGAGGAGAAUGGGGAAGGUUUUGUACCUGUUACUGAGUCAGCUAGUAAAGGGGAUGAGAAGGUUACUCCCCUGGGUGGCUCGGCAGCAGCAGCGGCAUCGAGUCUAGAGCUGCUGCUAAUGGGUGUGGACGCUGUAAGCAGAUUGGAGGAAAUGGAGGAGAAGGAGGAGAAGGAGGGGGAGAAACGAUCCGAGUCUGCUAAUGAGGCGGCUGCGCCUGCUGCUGUUAGGGAAGGGCAUGCGGAGCAGGAGAGAAGGGAGGAGGCGGAGGAGGAGGAGGUGGAGGAGGAGAGAGAGGAGGAAAGGGGUCGGGAGUUGGCUGGAAUGCCGUGGGUGGUGAAGAGAGCAGAUGGGGUGAAGAGGAAGAGAGUAGAUUCGGUAGAAAGGGUGAUGGAGCGGGCUUCAGCUAGUGAUGAGGCAGCAGCGGCAGGGGCGGGGGCAGGGACUGAAGUGUCGCCUAAUGAACGGGGGAGGAGCAGGAAGGAAGGGAAGGGAGAGAAGAGAGAGAAAGAACAUAAGGGAGAGAAGGUAGGGAAGGGAGAGAAAGGGGAGAAGGGAGAGAAGAAAAAGGAGGGACCUUCAGUCCGGGGUAAAGGAACCAAGGGAACAGAGGGUGCUGGGGCAGAUUCGGAAGUUACCCCUUCUGAGGUGCGACCAAGUAAGGUGAUGAAACAGACAGGUGUGAAUCAAGGAGAGCCUUCAGACGCACCAGAGGCUCGAAAGCAGUACAUGGGGGUGCUGCUGGGUGGGGUGGGGUUGAAGGGGGACCAGAAAAGGCAAGUGAAGAAGCAAGUAAAGAAGGGAGAAAAGGAGGAGGAAAAGAAGGGAGAGAGUGUGGUUCAGAAACCGCCUACGGGACGAAUUGUUGCUGUUGGUGGGCCUAAGGGUUUGCUUGCGGCCUCGCGAAAACCUUCUACUGGUCCUAAAACUGACUCUAGACUCAAGGGUGCUGCAAAGAAAAUCGCUGCUGGUACGGGCGCUGCUGUUGCUGCUGCUCCUGCUGGUGCUGCUGCUGCUGCUGCUGCUGCUGGUGUUGAUGCCAAUGCUGGUGCAGCUGGGGUGCUGAAACGAGCUCUGGCUAUGGUGCGGGAACGGGACGGGGGAGAAGAGGAGAGCAGAGAGCAUGAGGAGCAGCAGCAGCAGCAGCAGCAGCAGCAGCAGCAGCAGCAGCAGCAGCAGCAGCAGCAGCAGCAGCAGCAGCAGCAGCAGCAGCAAGGGGGGAGUGAGGAGGAAGAGGAGCAAGAGAAGGAGGAAGAAGAGGAGCAAGAGGAGGAGGAGGAGCAACACUCAGGAAUCGAUGGCAAGGGGGAAGAGAGAGGUACAGAGAAGGCCAGGGGCAGAUCAGGCAGUUCCGCUGCUGCUGCUGCCUUGAGCCGUCAGCGUGGUGGCACCGGUGGGCGUGGGCUAGCAGUUAGGUCUCCAGGAAAGGCUAUCAAAGAGCCGCGUCUCACGAUUCAAAGGCCUGGGAUCCCACUGAGAGGGUCAGGAGUUACAGUGAGAGGGAUGGGGCUCCGUGGUAGGUGGUCGGGAAGAUGGAAUGCGCGUGCUAUCAUAGCAGGAAGGGCUGGGGCGGGAAUGAGGUAUGGGGAUAGGGAAGAGGAGGGUGAACGGGGUAAAGAGGAGGAGGAGGAGGGAGAAGGGAGUAGGGAGGAUGAAGGGGAUAGGGAGGAGGUGGGUGGGGAUAAGGAGGAGGGAGGAGGCGGGAGUGAGGAGGAGGUGGAAGGGAGGGAGGAGGAUGGGGAAAGAGAGAGAGGGGGGGAGGAGGAGGAGGAGGAAGAGGCAGUGGUGUUGCUUGAUGAAGGGGAAGAGGAGGAGGAGGAAGAGGAGAGUGAGAGGGAUGAGGAUGGAAGGUGGAGCGGAGAGGCAACAGAGAGAGCAUCUGGAGGGUCUGGUGGUGCUGCUGCGGCGGCUGCUACUGCUAGUGGUGGUGCUAGUGGUGGUGGUGCUAGUGGUGGUGGUGGAGGAGGGGUGGUUUCAGCGAGAGGAUCAGGGCGACGGAAGUCUAAACCAAGCUCAUCAAAUGCUGCAGCUGCUGCUGUAGGUGGUGCUGCUGGUGGUGCCGGUGGUGGUGCUGGUGGUGGAAAAGAGGGGGCUCAAGAGGCGACAAGGCCCACACGGCACAGCAAGAGACUGGGAGUUCGACAGUCAAUUGGAAAGCGAUGGUACGACGAUUAG